GAAUCACUUGUAACCUCGUUCGAUAACGAUACAGGGGACGCUGACAGUGGCAGUUCAAGGACCGGGAAUACUGAAGCCAAACUACAUACAGAACCAGAACUAAACGACAUCAAAAACACGCUCACAAUGUAUAAACAUUCCUUUGAAAAACAUAAAAAGGAAUUAAUCGAUGUAAAUUAUGUGGUCAACGACACAUUGUCAGCGUUUCUUUCGAACGCUUCAAAAACUGUUGACACAUUAGUCAACACUGUCAGUGACCAUAUAAGAAACAGCACUGAUAAUAUAUCAGCUUCUUUGGAAAAGAACGUCUAUGCAACACGGGUACAUGUCAAAAACGAAACGGUUCAGCUAGAAAAAAAGUUGAAGAGCUAAUAGGCAGAGCAAAUGAAGUUGUUGGCAUCAUUGAUGAGCAGAGAUCUACAAUAGAAGACGGUAUAAUGGUCACCAUCAGGGGGCUUCACAUUACCUGGAGUGACUGGUCUGCAUGGUCCGACUGUUCUAAGUCAUGUGACAAGGGCAGAAGAAGUAGACACAGGUCAUGUUAUGUUCCUCCCACUUUUACUGAUGGCAUUUGCAAUGGUGAUGAUACAGAAACAGAGGAAUGCGUCAUUCACGAGUUUUGUUCAUAUUUGAGUGAAUGGUCACCAUGGUCCCGAUGUUCCCGAACAUGUAACAAUGGAACAAUGACGAGAAACAGAACAUGCCAUACUCCAGCUUCUCUCACCGCUACUUGCCAAGAAAAUAUAACUGAGAGUCAGACAUGCCUAACGUCAUUGGAAUGUCCAGUGGAUGGUCAAUGGGCUUUGUGGUCGACAUGGAGCAACUGUUCCGUGUUCUGUGGUGACGGCGUGGUGACCCGAAACCGGUCAUGUUCCAAUCCAAGUCCACUUAAUGGAGGGAGAGUGUGCCUGGGACAAGACAUUUUAACAAAACCAUGCAACUGGCGGCCUUGUAUCAAAUAUGACUGCAGCGAUGUGUUAAAACUGGGCUUGUCACGUGGUUCGGGUGUGUACAGAAUCACGCUCUGGAACACGGACACGGAAGUGGAUGUUUACUGCGAUAUGGAUACAGAUGGUGGUGGGUGGACGGUGUUUCAAAGACGCUUGGAUGGGUCUGUUGACUUCAACAGGAGAUUUGUGGAGUACGAGCAGGGUUUUGGCUCACUGGAUGGUGAAUUUUGGAUGGGUCUUGGUCUUCUUCACUCCGUUACAAGCCGGGCUAACAUGACCUUACGUAUGGACGUGAGUUUACCAAAAGGAACUACUGGAUUUGACGAGUACUCGGGGUUUUAUAUUUCUCCACCAGACCAAUACAACUUCAAUGUUGACAGGAGGAUCAACUCAGCAGGAAUGUCCGGUUCCUAUCUUCUCUCCGACAUCGGUGAUGAUAGGGAUUUCAACCAUCAACCGUUUUCAACAUACGAUAGGGACGUGGACAAGUGGUUGUCUGGCAACUGUGCCCGAAACUAUGGAGGAGGCUGGUGGUACAAUUACUGCACGUACAGUAACCUGAAUGCACAGUACAAUAGUGGCGGGUUUUAUUACUAUUCCUUCCAAAGAUACACAACGUUGAAGACGUCAGCUAUGAUGCUACGAUUGAGUAAUUAAGAUUCAACCGCAGUAUUUUAAUACAUUUAAUAAUUGUUUGUUAGUUCAUUUAAAUAGUGUUGCGGAAUCAUGAACUUGAUGCUAUGUUUUAAACACAAUCAACUAUUUUAAGCAUUUAAGGUAAACAUACCCGCCUUUUCCUAACGCUAUGGAAUGUGCAAUUUGAUUUCUAACUCAAACAUGUUCGUGUUUUGUGAAGUUAGUGAUUAGUUCAAAUCAUUUACAUAACUCUUUCAUAGACAGCAAAAGGCAACACGCGGGUAAAUUAUUUGAAUUAUUUUGCCCAAUAUCUCGAGGUGGAGAAAAUUUGCAUCGUUUUUUUAUUAUUUUGGUAGACUUGUUUUAGUUAUCAUUUAAUACAAUUCAUCGGCAGAAUAUUCCUGACUUAUCAGUUUAAUAUCAAAUUGUCUAGGAUAUUGACGAUCUCACUUUAGUAGUCAUUUAAUACGAAAUAGUAAAGGAGUUUUAUAAUUAUCGUAUUAUAUGGCCACGAAGUAAGGUUCUAGUUACAGCAUUAAUAUUUAUUUGCCAAUUUACAGCGCUAUUGAGUACGUAACGUCACUCGGUUUCGAUAUUUAUUACGCUAUUUAUGUAUUGCCGGAUUGAUGUCAUUAUUUAUGGUAUGAACGCAGUUGGGUUGGUUUUAUGUGUGGAGUACGAUGAUGACAUCUAUCACGCAAUUCAUUGCUUAAAUAAAAUACAUUAUUUCGUUAUUUCUUUCAAGAACUGUUGAAAAAAUGCUUCAUUUUAUUUAAGAAAACCUGACAGUAUUUAUUUUAUCUUUUUUGUAAAUAGACCGACUCGACCGUAAGCGGAAACAGAUUACCAUAUAACGUCACAAUAACGCGGAAAAUAUAGAGUACUUCAAAAAUCCUUUCUUAUACGCCAAAAUUGAAACGCUUAUGACAUUAUGUAUUUAUCAUUUCAUCAAUUAACACUUUCUAACACAAGUUUUUCGUGGCCUUCUGGCACUUUACAAACAAUAGCAAGAUAAAGACGAUGAUUCGCAAUCCGAAUAUAUCCAACGUUUAUCGCAAAAUAUUCGCAAUUGGUGCAAGUCACUUCAAUUGAGAAAUGGAAGUAGAGGUGUAAAUAUGUAAUAAUGGUGACAUCAUUUAUUAUAUGAAUAUAGUUACUGGAUACAAUCUUGUACCUAGUUAUGAGAGGGUCCCUUUAUCGAACCUGGAAGCAUACACAUUAUUAUUUUUAUUAUCAAAUUGUUAAUUAUUGUUAUUAUUGUUAUUAUUAUUAUUGUUAAUAUUAAUUGAUAUUUAUUAUUAUUAUUAUUAUUAUUAUUAUUAUUAUUAUUAUUAUUAUUAUUAUUAUUAUUAUUAUUAUUAUUAUUAUAUCAUAAUGUGAAUAGUUAUUUUCCUAAUAUUUGAUCUGUUUGGAUAUACGUUAUAUUAAACUAAGAUGAAAUGUUUUCUGUCACAUUGGGUGUUUUGUUUCUGAAAGUUAUUGAAAAAACUGCUUUUCAUUUCAAAUAAAAUCGACCUUAAUAUAGAAUUCUAAGUCUUUAUGUUCUCUAUAAAGUUGAGGAAUGCUCAUACAUCCAUUAAAGUACCGAGUAUCUUUCUUCAUUUCUAUGGAUCAAAGCAACGAGGUUUUAAGUAACUCUGCAUUUAAUGUGAACUAUGAAUGAUUUAAUAGAUCUAAGUGCCUCAUUAUAUAAUGCCACUUAAGUUGUUAAAUGUCAUUUUGAAUGUUUAAAAGUUCUAACUGCCUCAUUCUAUAAUGACACUGAUGUUGUUAAAUGUCAUUUUGAAUGUUUAAAAGUUCUAACUGCCUCAUUAUAUAAUGCCACUUAAGUUUUUAAAUGUCAUUUUGAAUGUAUAAAAGUUCUAACUACCUCAUUAAAUAAUGUCACUUUAAAUGCUUUAAGGCUUCAUGUGCAUCUUUUAAUGUCACAUUGAAUGUUUUAAGUGCCUCAUUGUUUAAGGUCACUUUGAAUAUUUAAAGGUUCAAAAAGUCUUCUUGUGCAAUGUCACUCAAAACGUUUUAGGGUUCAAAUGCCUCUUAGAAUGUUGUCGCUUUUGCUGUUCAUGCUUUGCUUUUGAUAUAUAUUAAAUGUAU